CGCUUGAUUUGUUCUCCACCCUUUUUUUUCCUAAGGCAGCGCGGCGAUUCGUGCGUGCAUCUUUUACUGAGUGGCCCCGUGUCUUCGUUCGCCCAGUCCUACAACUGCACUGUUUGCCCCCAAAAAGAACCCGACGAUUUAGCACUCAGAUGUCAGGCGGACCUUCCCUUGUGUUUUGGUGUGCUCGCUCAACCUCUUAUAAUCGUCUAAGUGUUUCUCUUCUUCACUCUACAUAUCCUCUCUGGCCUACAUCACUUUGUUCUAUUGGUUCAUGUGUAGAUUCCGCGUCCUUCUUUCUCACGUUCUUGCUUGUACAAGUCAGUAAUCCCACUCGUCCAUGCCUUCUUACGCGACCCAGUUGUCGGGGACCUUUCCACCCUCUUAUUGAUCCUUCUUGUUGUUUGUGGCUUUUUCUCCCCCCUCUUACUUCUUCGUCUUCUUCUUCUUCUUCGUCUUCUUCUUCUUGUCUCUUCUUACCGCAGCCUCAGGCUAUCAGUCUUCCUCGCUUGUGGGCAUUUGCAUUCAUCGUCCCUUUACUUUGCAAAGCACACCGUCUGAACUUUUUGUGGAAGUAAUCAAUCUUUAAGACACCGUCAAGGCUCUAACCAGUGUUUGCAUGUCCUAGGCACAUCACUUGGCUCCCCAGCGGAAUUAUUACCCGCAAAUUUUAGAGCGUACUUGAACCCACAGGUUGGGGCAAGGGGGGUCCGAA